CUCUGUCAUAAACUCCCCUCUCCACCACCUACAACAGAUUACGUUCCGUGUGUAGUGGCAAAGUUUCAUUUUCUUUGAAGCACGUGAAGAAAUUCGCGUGGAAAUCUGACUAUAGUUGACAAACAAAUCAAAGACAUCGUAACGAACACCCGAUCAAGAUGCCGCUCACGUGUAGAUUCUACAAGGAAAAGUAUCCGGAAGUCGACGAUGUGGUGAUGGUAAAUGUGCGCUCCAUUGCUGAAAUGGGCGCAUAUGUGCAUCUUCUUGAAUACAACGACAUUGAGGGCAUGAUAUUGCUCUCCGAGUUGUCGCGAAGACGUAUUCGUUCCAUUAAUAAAUUGAUUCGCGUCGGCAAGACUGAGCCGGUGGUCGUAAUCAGAGUGGAUAAAGAAAAGGGAUACAUAGAUCUGUCCAAACGUCGUGUGAGCGCUGAGGAUGUAGAAAAGUGCACAGAACGAUUCGCAAAGGCGAAAGCUGUGAAUUCCAUUCUUAGGCAUGUGGCGGAACUUCUAAAGUAUGAAACUGAUGAACAGCUGGAGGAAUUGUAUGAAAAAACUGCGUGGAAAUUUGAGGAUAAGUCAAAGAAGAAGGGCAGUGCUUAUGAUUAUUUUAAACAAGCUGUAGUUGAUCCUAAUAUCCUCGCCGAAUGCGGUUUGGAUGAAAACACGAAAGAAGUUCUUCUUUGUCAAGUAAAGAGGAAACUGACAUCGCAAGCUGUAAAGAUCCGUUCGGACAUUGAAUGCGCUUGUUACGGGUAUGAAGGCAUUGAUGCAGUGAAAGAAGCGCUCAAAGCUGGUCUGGCGCUCUCUACUGAAGAACUUCCGAUCAAAAUCAAUCUGAUCGCGCCACCUCUGUACGUCAUGACGACGUCCACACCCGAGAAAGCAGACGGUCUCAAACUGUUGGAGGACGCCAUUGCUGUUAUCAAAGUGACGAUAGAGAAAUUAGGAGGUGUUUUCCAAGUUCAAAUGGCACCAAAGGUGGUGACAGCUACAGACGAAGCCGACCUGGUGCGACAAAUGGAGCGCGCCGAGGCCGAGAACGCCGAAGUGGCGGGUGACGACGAUGGCGAAGAGGAGGAGGAAGGCCAGGUGUACAGCGGUGAGGAGGACGCUGACGAGAAGGGCUCCGCGGAGGAAGACUAGACGCUUCCAUCGACAGGGCCGCUGUGGUAUAUUUCGCUCUUUGAUACACAAACUAACCAAGAAAUUGUUACUUGACUUUCGAAAGUAAUUUAUAAUUCUUACCAUCGAGACGGAUAUUAAGAGCUUUUUUAUUCUGGUAUAAAGUAAAGAGUAUUAAGAAAGAA